AUGCGCGCACGCGCUCUGCCCGCCCGCGCGGCGCGACUGCUGCUGCUGGCGCUUCUGCUCGCCGGGUGCGCUGGAAACCCGGAUGCGAAGCGGCUUUAUGAUGAUCUGCUUAGCAACUAUAACAAGCUAGUGCGACCGGUACUCAACGUGAGCGACGCGCUCACCGUGCGUAUCAAACUUAAGCUCAGCCAGCUUAUUGAUGUUAAUCUGAAGAAUCAAAUUAUGACAACAAAUUUAUGGGUGGAACAGAGUUGGUACGACUACAAGCUGUCAUGGGAGCCGCGUGAGUACGGUGGCGUGGAAAUGCUCCACGUCCCGUCAGAUCACAUCUGGCGACCAGAUAUAGUGCUAUAUAACAAUGCCGACGGUAACUUUGAGGUGACACUGGCUACAAAGGCGACGCUGAACUACACGGGCCGCGUGGACUGGCGCCCUCCCGCUAUUUACAAGUCCUCCUGCGAGAUUGACGUCGAAUACUUUCCCUUCGACCAGCAAACAUGCAUUAUGAAAUUUGGCUCCUGGACAUACGAUGGAUUUCAGGUGGAUUUGCGUCAUAUCGACGAGGCACGUGGUACCAACGUAGUGGAAUUAGGCGUCGACCUUAGUGAAUUUUAUACCUCAGUGGAAUGGGACAUCCUCGAGGUGCCAGCUGUGAGGAAUGAGAAAUUCUAUACAUGCUGCGAUGAGCCCUACUUGGAUAUAACGUUCAAUAUAACCAUGCGUCGCAAAACGUUAUUCUACACGGUGAACCUGAUCAUCCCCUGCAUGGGCAUCUCCUUCCUGACGGUGCUGGUGUUCUACCUACCCUCCGACAGCGGCGAAAAGGUGUCGCUCUCCAUCUCCAUUCUGCUGUCGCUCACCGUGUUCUUCCUACUGCUCGCUGAAAUUAUACCGCCUACCUCACUCGUCGUACCGCUGCUUGGCAAAUUUGUGCUUUUUACUAUGAUACUUGAUACUUUUAGUAUCUGCGUGACAGUCGUGGUGCUGAACGUGCACUUUCGGUCUCCCCAGACACACACAAUGGCUCCUUGGGUCCGCCGAGUAUUCAUACAUGUACUGCCACGUCUUCUCGUUAUGCGUCGUCCGCACUAUCGCCUCGACCCACAUCGCAGUCGCUUUGCGGGCCUAGUAACAAGCGAAGGCUGGUCACCCAUAGUAGGACCGGUGGGAAUGGGAUCAGCAGGCGCACUGAGCGCGGCGGCUGCCGGUGACGAGCGUUCUCCUUCCCCUGGAGCGUGUCGCUUACAUGACGCUCCAGCGCUCUGUGACGCACUGCGUCGAUGGCACCGCUGUCCUGAAUUGCAUAAAGCUAUCGACGGUAUUAAUUACAUCGCCGACCAAACACGGAAAGAGGAGGAGUCAACCAGGGUGAAGGAAGACUGGAAAUACGUGGCUAUGGUGUUGGAUCGGCUAUUCCUGUGGAUUUUCACACUGGCGGUACUGGUCGGCUCGGCCGGCAUCAUCCUACAGGCGCCAACGCUCUACGACGAGCGCGCGCCCAUCGACGUGCGCCUCUCUGAGAUCGCGUACGCGGCCGCCAAGCCACGCCCGCCGCCACCUCGCUGAGCCGACAACACUAUCUCCUUAAAUUAUGCCACAUAAAACGAUACCCUAUGUUCGAUUGUUAUACUCUACCUUAGCCGAGCGCUGUCGACCAGCGUUCGGUCCGUCGCACUGCGUUUAUUAUUAUUAUUGUAAAUAAAAUUAUAUUAUAUAAAUAAUAGUUUAUACGACGAAAUAACGUGAUCGAAGAUAAGUCGAAUUUCUUUUGAUAGAGACGAAAUAAACUCGUUUGUUUACA